AUGUCUCUCGACCAUCACAUGGACGUCAUCCAACCAGAUGUCCAAGACCUCAAGCUGCCCAUCGAGCUCUGGCGCCUCAUCUUCGCGCUCGUCCACCCCAUCUCCGCCCGCACCCCACUCCUCUACAUCUGUCGCGCCCUUCAUCCCGAAGCCCUCCGCGCCCGCCUGCGCGCCGCCACUGCUCGCACCCACCGUCAAAUCUGUUCCUUGCACAUCUGCCUCCGCGCGACCCGCUCACCGGACGCCUACUUCGCGCUCCGCACCCUCACCGUGCACGCCGUGACGAUGUGGAACCCGCUCGUGGGCGCGUCCGUGCCGUCCGUGCUCCCGCACGUCUUCGCGCGCCUCACCGCGCUCGAGGAGCUCCGGCUCAAGUUCUACCCCGGGCGCGAGCGGGCGCCGAUCGAGGAGCCGCUCGCGUGGCGCGCGGAGUGGUUCCCGAGCCUGCGCGUGCUCGCGUCGUGCGUCGCGACCAACGAGGGUCGCGGGCUCCGCGCGUUCCUCGCCGCGCAUCCGCGCCUGGAGCAGCUGUACGUGGCCCCGGGGCGCGAGGACAGGGUGGCCGGCGCGGAGGUCGCGCUCCCCGCGCUCCGAGUGCUGGCGUGCUCGUCGGCGUUCGCGGUGCAUGGGGUGGAGCAGGGGUGCAACAACGUCACGCACCUGGAGCUGUACACGCUCUCGGUCGCGGAUCUGCAGAAGGUGGCGGACGUGUUUGGCGCGCGGCUCGUGGGUCUGCGCUGCGGUCCGUGCCGAGAUGAGGGAGAACCGUGGACGGUGCGGAAGGUCGUUCAAGCGUUUCCUGAGCUGAAUGCCUUCGCGGUCGCUAUCGAUCUUACCUUGGAGGCGCAGCGCGGAGUUGCUCCCAGCGCAAGCAUUUUCCCUGUUGACUGGUCGCGAGCGGGAGCACUCGGCGUCGAAGAGGCUCCAAAGAAGAAGAUAGACGUGUAUUGGGCGAUCAGCGCGAGAGGUUCUGGGGGCGAGAAUACUGCAGAUGAAAACGUUGUGCGAUGCAUAGUGCAACGCAGGGCGCGUCAGCUGCUUCUGGGCUGGUCUCACCAUGUGGAGGCGGUCAAGGUGUUCUGCGAAACUCCGUACGAGACUCGCAUGUGUUACCGGGUUGAAGGCGACGACGUAGUUGGGGUAGAAGAUCAGGAUAUGCACUACGGAGAUUGGAACGGAGAACACUUGUUGGCAGAGUAA